CUCGUACGUCUUGCGUCAGAAGCAGCCGCGAGCCGUUUUUGACUUCUUGUCUUCGAUACCAUCCGCCACAUCUUGACCGUCUCGCUGUCCAUCCUUAGCAACCUUUCGAUCACUGUACUCUGCUAGCAGCAAGGACAAGGUCGACUCACUGCUAGUAGCCAGACUGGUCCACACCCACACGCUGCCGCUACUACCAAGUCUACCAACAAGCCACGCCACCCAUCCAUCUACUCGUAUCUCCUGAUCGCAUCGCACACAUGACAUCUUCUCCUACCGCAUCCGCCACUGAUGUCUCCAAGGCAGAGGCAACGCCUGACAACCCUCCGCCGGCCUACGAUGCCGCCACCUCCAAGACGGCCUCGACCUCUACUGGAGCCGCCUCUCAUGCAGAGGGCUCCAACUCUGCCAAUGCAGCCAAGCCGGCCGAGGAUGCUCGACCACUGCCUCCCGGAUGGAUCAUGCAAUACGACAAUGGCCACAAGCAUCACUUCUGGGUCGACACCAAAGCGACGCCCCCACGAUCGAUCUGGACCCACCCACUCGAUGAUCCCGCCUUCCUCAAGGCCAACCCUCAGUUCGCCUCUUCGAAGGGGGCAGGCUCCGGCAAGUACGCGCCACCAUCGUCCGCCCCACCUGGUGCAGCCCCGCAGCAUGCCCCGAGCCCAGCGGGCGAUGAGCAUCGCCGCAUCAAAGACGCCGGCGAACGAGCAGCUCGUCGUGCAGCAGAGAAACCCGCUCCUAGUGGGAUGAAGAAGAUCAGUCGCAAUAUGAAGGACAAGUCGACCGGGAUGAACCACGUUGAGCGGGCACGCGCCAAGGCUGAGCAUCGGGAGAUGGAGCAGAUCGCCCUCGAGCAUCGACGCAAGACUGCCGAAGCGUUCAUCAAAGCAGCACAGUUUGGUCAGGCGCAAUACCUUGGUCGUGACGAUCGUUCCGGCACUGAGUACUGGGCUGAGCCCCCUCCUCCGGGAUACCCUCCUCACCUGCUCAACCAGUUCCCGCCACCUUACGGCUUCGAGAGCAGGCGUGAGGGUCCCAGGACCUUUGUCAGGCCGGCACUCCCUACUAUGGCAUACCGAGGCGGCUACGGGCCAAUGGGCGGCGGCGGGAUGGGCAUGCCCAUCGCUGGUGGUCUGCUUGGUGGUAUGAUGUUGGGCGGGUUGCUCUUUUAGUGCGAUGCGCUGAUGCAAGCGAUGAGGGAUACCUAGCCUUGAAUGGCCUCAUACCCGGACGUCUUGGCAGCAACGUGGUCUCGACGUCACUCCUUUCGUCCCCUGUUCAUAUCUCCAUGUCCGACGCUCCUUUGCUCUCCUCUUCUCUCCCUCUCGCCGCGAGCCGCUGUGUCAUGUCGUCCUCUCGUCCUCGUCCG